GCCCAGCCAAGGAGCGCGGCCUCGGCCCGGCGGAGGCUCCACGGGCCCGCGGGGCGCGGCAUCUUCUGGGCAGCGGGUUCUGAGUUCUCGGGCCAGGAGCAGUGGCGCCCUCGAGGCGGCUGGACGGGCUUCACUGCGCCAUGUCCGCUGGCUGAGCGCCACCGCUGCCGGGCCUCGUCCCACCUCACGUGGGGGCCACGCGUCCCCAGGCCAGGGUCCCGGCGGCCCACCAUGGUGUUGCCGCCCCCGGACCGGCGCCACGUGUGCCUGACCACGCUGGUGAUCAUGGGCAGCAUGGCGGUCAUGGACGCCUACCUGGUGGAGCAGAACCAGGGCCCGCGCAAGAUAGGUGUGUGCAUCAUCGUGCUGGUGGGCGACGUGUGCUUCCUGCUGGUGCUGCGCUACGUGGCCGUGUGGGUGGGCGCUGAGGUGCGAACGGCCAAGCGCGGCUACGCAAUGAUCCUCUGGUUCCUCUACAUCUUCGUGCUGGAGAUCAAGCUCUAUUUCAUCUUCCAGAACUACAAGGCUGCACGGCGGGGCGCGGCCGACCCGGUGGCGCGCAAGGCGCUGACGCUGCUGCUGUCGGUGUGCGUGCCGGGCCUCUUCCUGCUGUUGGUGGCGCUCGACCGCAUGGAGUACGUGCGCACCUUCCGCAAGCGCGAGGACCUGCGUGGCCGCCUCUUCUGGGUGGCACUGGACCUGCUGGACCUGCUGGACAUGCAGGCCAACCUGUGGGAGCCGCCGCGCACUGGACUGCCGCUGUGGGCCGAGGGCCUCACCUUCUUCUACUGCUACAUGCUGCUGCUGGUGCUGCCGUGCGUGGCGCUCAGCGAGGUCAGCAUGCAGGGCGAGCACAUCGCGCCGCAGAAGAUGAUGCUCUACCCAGUGCUCAGCCUUGCCACCGUCAACGUGGUGGCUGUGCUGGCGCGUGCCGCCAACAUGGCGCUCUUCCGGGACAGCCGCGUCUCGGCCAUCUUCGUCGGCAAGAACGUGGUGGCGCUCGCCACCAAGGCCUGCACCUUCCUCGAGUACCGCCGCCAGGUGCGCGACUUCCCGCCGCCCGCGCUCGCUCUGGAGCUGCAGCCGCCGCCCUCGCAGCGCAACUCGGUGCCGCCGCCCCCGCCGCUGCAUGGCCCGCCCGGCCGCCCCCACGGGCCCUCGCCCACUCGCGAUGCCCUGGACACGUGACAGGGCCCACACGGCCCCAGGACCCCCGCGGGCGCAGACGCUGGCUGGUGGGGCGUGCAGUGUGCAUGGGAUGGGGUGGGGGCGGGCUCCCCCAGGGCCCGGGUGCCCGAGGGUCAGGCCUGUAGCUGCUUCUCAUCUCAGGGACCCACUUGGACCACUGAUCUCAGCCUGGCUCCCCCACCAGCCCCACAGCAGGGCAGCGUGUGAGCGUGGAAAGACCCCCCUGAGCAUCCUGGGUGGGAAGGAAGGGCAGAGGGGGAUGAGGUCUGGUCCUUUGGGGUCCCUCAGUGGGAGCCUCUGGCUCAGA